AUGGCGCAGAAACCGUACGUUGCUGAAGAAAUUGCGAUGGUUCGUCAAAUUGACAAAGCUCCUAGAUCCAGACUGGUCGAUAAUGACCAAAUCCAAUCUGCGACCCUUCACCACCCUCUGCCUGUAUAUCUGAAGGCCUACGUCUGGCCCUUCACCAUCCUAUGGCCAAUUUUCUUCGCCUUCUAUCUCAACGAAGAUCUCUACGAUGAAUAUAUCGAUGGCCAGGAGUGGACAUUUGUCUACGUUGCCACCAUUGUCACCCUGCAGUCCCUGGCCUGGCUUGUCACCAAAUGGAAUGUCAAUUUGGAAACCUCUUUUACCACAACCAAAGCUAGCGAAGUGGACACGGCCGAGCUUAUCAAGAUCAUCCCGAUCGUCAACUCGGGUACCCCGGCAAUUGUCAAGAUAGACCGUGAGGCAGAUGGCAGGACUUCUUUUCUGUUCCAAAAAAGACGAUUCCUCUACAACUCUGAAAAGGGGACUUUUGCCCCGUUAGCAUAUGCACUAGAUGCUGUCAAGAAACCUUUACUGCGAGAUUUCCAACUCUCACGAGGUCUCACCACUGAGAAGGAGAUCGAGGAAAUUCAGAAUCAUUAUGGUGACAACACCUUCGACAUUCCUGUCCCCGGCUUCGUGGAAUUAUGGAAAGAACAUGCAGUGGCUCCAUUUUUCAUUUUCCAGAUCUUCUGCGUCGGUCUUUGGCUUCUCGAUGACUAUUGGUAUUACUCUCUAUUCACGCUAUUCAUGCUGGUAGCGUUUGAAAGUACUGUUGUUUGGCAAAGACAACGAACAUUGAAUGAAUUCCGAGGUAUGAGCAUCAAGCCAUAUGAUAUCUGGGUCUAUAGGUCCCAGAAGUGGAUCGAAAUCAAAAGUGACAAGCUCUUGCCUGGUGACCUAGCUUCUGUUGGCCGUACGCAGGAAGAUUCUGGUGUUGCUUGCGACAUGCUUCUUAUUGAAGGAACAGCCAUCGUCAACGAAGCCAUGUUGUCAGGUGAAAGUACGCCUCUUUUGAAAGAAUCAAUUCUUCUGAGGCCAGGAGAUGCCCCUAUUGACCCAGAAGGCCUUGACAAGCACGCUUUUCUCUUCGGCGGUACCAAAGUCCUCCAAAUUACUCAUCCAGCUGCCACUGAUGACGCCCAAGACUCCGUCCAGGCUGUUAAAAAUGGUGUGCCAGCCCCUCCAGAUAAAGGAGCCUUAGCCGUUGUUUUGAAAACCGGGUUUGAAACGAGUCAGGGCAGUCUUGUUAGGACAAUGAUCUUUUCGACUGAACGUGUGUCGGCGAACAACGCCGAAGCACUUUGGUUCAUCUUAUUCCUUCUUGUUUUCGCGCUGGCCGCUUCGGGCUACGUUUGGCAAGAAGGUGUGAGAAACAACCGAAAGCGCUCAAAGUUAUUGCUUGAUUGCGUGUUGAUCGUGACAAGUGUCGUUCCACCCGAACUCCCAAUGGAGUUGUCCUUGGCUGUCAACACCAGUCUUGCAGCACUGAGUAAAUUUGCGAUCUUCUGUACCGAGCCCUUCCGUAUCCCCUUCGCUGGCAGGGUUGAUGUUGCCUGUUUUGACAAGACUGGGACACUCACUGGUGAAGACCUAGUUGUGGAUGGCAUUGCCGGACUCCAACUUGGACAAAAUAAUGUCAAAGUGGAGGCCGAUGGUGCCCAGUCGAGCAUUAUGAAAGUGCCUGAAGUCGGGAUACACACAACACUUGUCUUGGCAACCGCGCACGCGCUUGUGAAACUUGAUGAAGGAGACAUUGUGGGAGAUCCGAUGGAGAAAGCCACCUUGACUGCCCUAAACUGGACUUUGGGCAAUAACGAUACCUUGUCAAGCACUCAACCGUCAAAAUACAAAAAGCCAGUACCAAUCUCGAGUGCCGCUCAUGUUGUCCAAGUCAAACGUCGUUUCCAAUUCUCUUCUGCGCUUAAGCGCCAGAGCUCUGUUGCAUUUGUACUCAUGACGGAUCCAAAAACUGGCCGGAAAGCAAAGGGGACUUUCGUCGGUGUCAAAGGCGCACCCGAGACCAUUCAAAAGAUGUUGGUUGAGACUCCUCCACACUACGAGGAAACAUUCAAGUACUUUACACGAAAUGGAGCUCGUGUGCUCGCACUUGCCUAUAAAUACCUUUCCACCGAAGCUGAAUUGGGCCAAAAACGGAUCAAUGAUCUCAAGCGAGAAGAGGUAGAGUCAUGCCUUCAUUUCGCUGGCUUUUUGGUUCUUCAGACUCCACUCAAAGAAGAUGCUAUCAAGGCUAUUCAGAUGCUGAAUGAAAGCAGUCACCGAGUUGUUAUGAUUACCGGAGACAACCCCCUCACGGCUGUCCACGUAGCCAGACAGGUUGAGAUCGUUGAUCGAGAUGCCUUGAUCUUGGAUGCGCCUGAGCAUGACGAUUCAGGGACUAAAUUAGUCUGGCGAAGUGUUGAUGAGAAGACCAUCAUUCCCGUCGAUCCUACUGCUGACAUCGAUCCGAAAAUUUUGGAAUCCAAAGAUCUCUGCGUCACUGGUUAUGCUCUAGCGAAAUUUACUGGGCAAAAAGCCUUCCUGCAACUACUGAGAUACACGUGGGUAUAUGCUCGAGUUUCUCCAAAGCAAAAAGAGGAAAUCCUGAUCGGUCUGAAAGAUCUCGGUUACACCACAUUGAUGUGCGGUGAUGGUACGAAUGAUGUUGGCGCACUCAAACAAGCUCACAUCGGAGUGGCUCUCCUCAAUGGAUCUCAAGAUGAUCUCAACCGGAUUGGAGAACAUUUCAGAACGACUAAGAUGAAGGAAAUAUAUGAAAAACAAGUUUCGGUCAUGAAAAGAUUCAACCAGCCGGCGCCUCCCGUCCCCGUGGGGAUUGCACAUCUUUACCCUCAAGGACCAAGUAAUCCCCACUACGACAAGGCCAUCAAAGCUUUCGCCGAGAGACGAGGGCUCAAUCUGGAAAAUGGUGAUGCAGAAAAUGGUGUUAUUGAAACCAUCACCUCCCCAGGUGCACAAGCUCUCCAGCAAAGCAAUGCUAAUCUCACUCUUCAGCAGCGUCGUCAACAAGAAGCCUCACAGAAAGCGGCAGGUUGGGCAGACAAGUUCACAUCCGCAAUGAUGGAAAACGAAUUGGACGAUAACGAACCACCAACGAUCAAGUUGGGCGACGCUUCAGUCGCUGCCCCUUUCACCAGCAAGCUUUCCAAUGUAAUUGCGAUCCCCAACAUCAUCCGCCAGGGCCGAUGCACACUUGUCGCUACCAUUCAGAUGUACAAAAUUCUUGCAUUAAACUGUCUCAUCAGCGCGUACAGUUUGUCAGUCAUCUAUCUUGCGGGAAUCAAGUUUGGAGAUGGGCAGGUCACCAUUUCUGGUAUGAUGAUGUCGGUGUGCUUUCUUUCUAUCUCGAGAGCUAGACCAGUUGAAGCACUUUCUCGAGAACGACCCCAGCCAAAUAUCUUGAACGCUUAUAUCUUAGGAUCGGUCCUGGGUCAAUUUGCCAUUCACUGUGCAACUCUAAUCUACCUGUCAAGAGUCGUCUACUCGAUCGUCCCACCUUCUGACGAAGUUGACCUCGAGGGUGAAUUUGAGCCCUCAUUGCUGAACAGUGCAGUUUACCUCAUGCAACUGAUUCAGCAAGUCUCGACAUUUGCCAUCAACUACCAAGGUCGACCAUUCCGAGAGAGCAUUCGAGAGAAUCGUGGAAUGUAUUGGGGUCUUCUCGGUUGUACCUUCGUCGCAUUUUCUGGCAGUACAGAGUUCAUCCCAGAACUCAACGACAAAUUGCGAUUAGUCCCAUUCCAAAGCGAUUUCAAACGGAUAUUGACCGGGCUGAUGGUCAUCGAUUUCUGCGGAUGCUGGGUUGUCGAGCAGGUGUUCAAGCGAGCCUUCAGUGAUUUCCGUCCCAAAGACAUUGCCAUCAAGCGACCGGACCAGGUCGAACGAGAUGACAAGCGAAAGAAGGAAGCUGCGGACAAGGUUGAGCAGGAGAGAAUUGAGGCAAUCGAGAAGAAACGGGGCGUACUCAACAACACUGUUACGGCGCCCUCUGUCAAACGGAGGUAG